UUCUAGUCCAAAACGGGUCGCUGUAUUGUUGAACAAGGAUACCUUCCCCGUCUGCUGCGCUGGGCAAGCAGCAUCCUCCCCUCACGCUGGCGACAUCACUCCCUGGUCCUUCCGCACCCUCUCUCAGGCUGAGCCCCCGCUAUGGAACUUGAUUUCCAGACACAACCCAUUCCCAUCGUCCACCAAUCGCGCGCUUGGCAGAAUCAGGACACUGUAGGAGGUUCUGCUGUCCCUGCCUCGACGUCGACUUUCGUAUCGCGGCGCCGCUCCGUGAUGAAUCACGCUCCGCCACCUGGGCCACCCCCGUCUCAGCCCAUACCGAGCGUACCUGCACUUCCGACGGCGCAGUAUGGCAUAUAUGACCAAGUGUCGGACGCGUACGAAUAUGCCAACGGUACGAGCUCUCAGAUCCAUUCAUAUUCGCGUCCGUCUGGCUCGCCCAAUCUUGCUGCGAUUGCGUCAUACUCGCAAGCAAGGCUGGCAGCGGCGUCGGGCUCAGGACCCUCACCACCCCCGAGCGCGUCGUCGUCGUCAGAGAACCUGUCUGACCCGCCCCCACGUUCUAUGCUCCGCGCCAACAUCCCACCAAGGCAGCCAUUGUCUACAACACACGACAUCGUUCCUGAACGCUUGCUGCUGAGCCCACCAGAGUCUUCUCGUCCGUCGGAGUCAAGACCUUCAUCAAGACGCGCUCUGACGAAGGCGCUGGAGCUUGCGAGGGAGGCGGUUCGAUUGGAUUCAAGCAACGACGACCCCUACGCGGCGGUGGUUGCGUAUGGGCAGAGUGUUGCGUUGCUCAGCCAGGUGAUGGAACGCGUCAUGCGUGGGGAGGACAGCACAGAGUCGCACAGGAGACAGAACGGCAGGCGGAGAAGCGUGGUGGCGCAAGAGGAGGAAGUGCGAAGACUAAAGGCUAUACAUGAUACAUACGCGGAACGGAUGAACAUCCUCAGUUCGAUAUACAGUAUACCAGUGCCCCAGUACUCCCCGCCCUCAGUACAUUCCUCCACCGUCUCAGUAUCAUCGAAUUCAACGCGACCAUCAUCCCCUGCCUCUACGUCUCCCACGUCGGACUCGUCGGAGUCUGGCCUCGUCCAUGCAUCGAUUGCUAACAGGCGUCGCAGUCGAGAAGUGCCUCGUUAUUCUGGGGAUACUGUGCGACCGGAGGAUCCACUAGACGACGAACUCAGUGCUGAGGAUGCGAUUGGCACGGCGCUAUCAACCUCCACCACGGUGCUCACGGGUGGUCGCGUUCCGUCCGCCAGUUCACCCGCAGCACAUCCGUACGCGUCUUCUGCGGUCGUCCCUGCUACAGCUACGAGUCCAGCCGCGCGUGCCUCUGCAACCCCUGCUGUACGACCCCUCCGACCCCGUGCAUCAUCAAUUCUACCCCCUCCAGCGCCACCCCCGACAACAACACUUCCACCGACGCCUCCUGGUCCGCCCGCCGAGCCGACAGGAGCAUCACACCUGCUAGGUGCACCAGAGCCAGGGCGACUAAGGGGUAGCUCUGUCAGUCACUCGCGGACUAACUCUGGUAGCCGCUUGUCGGCACUGCGGGAGGACAGACGCGAGGAUGGUCUGCCGUCGUUUGAUCACACACACAGUGAAGAGCCCCCUCGCUCGCGUUCGCGGACUGCCUUGUCUCCUCACGAUGACCACCCAUUACCUCCUCUACCCAUGCCGUCGUCACCCGACCUCGCGGCUACGCCUCGCAUUCAUAAAGGGCAGGCAUCGGAGCCUGCGUCUCCGCAUGCUGGCUCGCACUUCACGACGCCCAGACCACGGGGUGGGUCGACCUUCUCGACGCGCUCGGAGGCGACGCCGACGAAGACGCCACAGUUGAUUAACACUUCACCGGUGAUGGGAACCAUCUCCCAACGGCGGGGCAAGACCUCUGCGCCGCCCUCUUCAACGGCAUCAUCGUCGCCUACGGACUCGACCGCAAUGGCUGCGUCUGUGCCUAACAUGGGCCGCUUGGCGUCAGCUGCGCUGCCUGCAAGCACGAUGUCCAGCUUGGGCAUGGUAGGCCGCAGCCGAGCUUCUUCACAACCCGGUAGGCGACCCUCCGUUGCAGGACCUACGUCAUACUUCCCGCCUGGUACGACCGCUGUACCCAGCAGUGCGCCCGCUCCGCGGAAGGUAUCGUUACCACAGUCGCGUCUCAAUCCGAAUGCGCCCCCAUCCAUCUCCAUCAACACGGCGCUGAUGUCUCCGCCAUUAGGGGCUAUGGCGCCGCUAGUCCCUCCUCCGCCAAUACCGCACACCAACAUUCCUACCGCUCCCCUGUCUCCUCUACCUACACUGGCACCGCCGGAUCCCUUGCGCAAGCCCUACCACAUGAUGACCCUCCUUCGUCAGACGAUGACCUCCAAGACCGGUGGAUAUAUCACCAGGAGGCUGCACGUCCCACAGGAGGUUUGGUCUCAGGGCGGUGCGAAGCUGACGAACAUCCCCGAAAAGAUCCGCGUCGUGGAAGUGCUCUGCUCCGCGCUCGAGGAGCUGCAACACUGGAGCGUGGAGUACUUCGGGGCGGGGAGCGUGAGCAGCGGGAUGGUGCUCGGGAUCGGGAGUAUUGGCCGGCGCGAGGGCGAGGCGUGGUCGACGAAGAUGGAGGAGUUCGCGAACGUGUGCGACGGCGUCGUGGGCAGCUUUGGCAAGAAGCUGGGCGUUGGCGAGGGUUUCGUCAUGAAAAAGAGCAGCGGGGUGACUUCAUGGGGCGGGAAGCUCACUCGACAGUUCGACAAAUUCACCAAUGGCAAAAACUUGGACUCCCCUGCGUCCUAUGUCCAAGGCCUAUCGAAGCUGUUCCAGAUAGUCCAGAUUCUGGACGAACACACAAAGGCCGCAACAUCUGCGCCGCCUGCCCCACUCUACGCAGGGUUUCCAAUAGACAUCCGGCAAGGUCUCGAGUUCAAGCUACGCCAUUCAUCCGAGUUCUUCGCGAAGGUCGUCCUCACGUUCGUCAUCGGGGACAUGUCCCUCCUCCUUGACAAGUACGUGAAGAAGUGCGAGAAGUGGCUCGCAGAAUGAGGCAUGUCAUGGACGGACAGUGACCCAGACCAUCGAGACGUCGGUGCUUUGGUGGUAUAUGGUGUGUGUAGUG